AUGAAAUUGCAUUCGGAAACCUUAUUCUAAUACUUUCAAAUUGAUCAUAGUGAUUUAGCAAGCAGAAUAAAAUCAAUAAAAUGUUAAUUACUAACCACAGGCAUUUGGGGUUAAUCCAAACAUGGAAAGAAUGUUGAUCUUAAUAAAUUGAUUUAAGGAAUCUGUUCAUUUGAUUCCUCCUUAUCCUUUAUUUAUAAAUUGACGAAAUGCAUUUACAAUAAUUCACUAAAUUAAGAAACUAAUAUAGCCAUACUCAGAGACUGCCUCUAAUUACCAUAUUAAUUAAUAAACACUACCUACGAUCCCUUUGUCUAGACUUUACCAAAGGAAGAUGAGUUUGUCGAUGCUGAGAGAUUUCAAUAAGUGGAAAGCGACAUUAAUGAUAUUUUAGACCUCUAAGAACAGGACUUGACGAAAAUAAAUGAACGAUUGGGUGAGGAGGAUCAACCAAAAGAGCUAGGUAACAUAAAUGAAAAAAUGAAAUAAAAUUAUAUCAAUAAAAUGAAGAAAGUGAAUUAAAUGAUUGAUUAACUGAAAGAGAAGAAACAAGUAUUAGAAUAGAUUUAGUAACAAAAUGAAGUGAAUGAUGAUCCUAGAUAUACCUUAGUGUUCCCAACUGAAUAUAUCAAUGUUUUAUAGGACUACAAUUAGUUACAAAGGAAUGUGAAGUAGAGUGAGGCAAUUCCUGAUCUAAAAUAAGUUAAGGAGUAGACAAAAAACUUAAUUGAUUAAGAAUUUUAUUUUAUUUAAUGA